CUUUUGCAUUUUCUUAAAUAAAAUAAAAUAUUUAUACAAAUAACAAUAGAGAACAAAAGAUCUUUUACUGUAGCACCUACUUUCCCACCCCUUACCCUAUAUAAAUGCAUCAACCAAGACCUUCUCAUUUCACUUUCAAGUAGAACUUGCUAGUCUUUUGCAACUCUUGGCACUUCUUUGUGAGCGAGCAAUAGAGAAAGGGCUAGAGAUUUGAAAUUCUUUGGUUAGAAAUACAAAAAAAGAGAAUAUGGCUGGUUUUUCUACAGAUCACUGGGCUUUUGCUUUUGGUGUCCUUGGUAACAUCGUCUCAUUCAUUGUAUUCCUUUCUCCAAUGCCCACGUUUUACAAAAUUUACAAGAAGAAAUCAGCUGAAGGUUAUCAAUCAAUUCCAUAUGUGAUUGCUCUAUUCAGUUCCAUGCUUUGGAUAUACUAUGCAUUUCUCAAGACCAACACGACCCUUCUCAUCACUAUAAACUCCUUUGGGGUUUUCAUUGAAACUAUCUACGUUGGUUUCUACCUUUUCUACGCACCAAAGAAGGCCAAGGUCCAAACUGUGAAGAUGCUCCUAUUAUCAGUGGUGGGUGGCUUUGGUGCUAUAGUUCUGGUUACCCAAUUUCUAUUCAAAGGAGCAGUUCGUGGACAAGUUGUUGGAUGGAUUUGCCUUGUGUUCUCCUUAUGUGUGUUCGUAGCGCCCUUAGGCAUUGUGAGAAAAGUUAUAAAAACAAAGAGUGUGGAAUACAUGCCAUUACUCCUAUCAGUUUUUCUCACAUUAAGUGCAGUGAUGUGGUUCUUCUAUGGUCUUCUACUUAAGGACAUCAACAUAGCUGCUCCAAACGUAUUGGGAUUCGUCUUUGGUAUUCUCCAAAUAGUGCUCUACGUAAUAUACAGCAAAAAAGAGAAGGCAAUUCUAAAGGAGCAGAAACUUCCGGAGAUACAAAAGCCAGCAGUCAUUUUGUUGGACGAGAACAUGAACAACAAGAAGCUUCCAGAACUAACACAAGAACAGAUUAUUGAUAUAGUGAAACUUGGUUUAAUGGUUUGCUCAGAUAAAGCUCACGUAGAGUCGUGUCCGCAUGAUACUACAUGUGCAGCUAAAGCUCAUGAGAACACACCGCCCAAGCUGCAAACAGUGGAAGCUGCUUAAGACAAUAUUAGAACUUCGAGUUUGGAAUUGGCAUUGAUUUCAGUGCACUAUUGCACAAAUAUUCUUGCCACUCCUUUGUUUUACUCUUUCCUAAUCCUAAAAUGUGUUUGUACACAAGUUUAUUAGUUAGAUCUUAAUUAGCUCUUGUUUCAUCUAAGCUUUUUCUUGGGUGUUGAUACAUAGAGAGGCUAGCUGUGUGUUGAAUUUUCUUUUAUAGCAAUAAAAGCAACUUUUCUCCAA